GACUGGAAACUGCGAAACACAACGCUCAUCUUUUGUUUUUGUUAUUCUCCUACACAAAUAUACAACCAUACACCGAGGAUUGAGGCUUUUAUAAGCCUUGGAAUUCUCUUCAAGUUCUGAUUCAAUAGCUGGGAUGCAUAAUUUCCCUCUGAAUUUUAGCUUGUUUAAUGGCAGGUAUUGGAAAUUUCACAGUAAAAAGGAAGAUAUAUUUAUUAGACAUAGAAGUGCAUUAAGCAACCGGCGAAGAUUAUUUACGCGAUCGUAAAUCGCGUAAAUAACGCGAUUUGUAUCGGUUGUUUCUGCGAGAGGAGAAUUGUUUGGAAAUAGCGCGCCAUUUGUUCUCUAAAUUGAGAGGCGUGUAAAUGAGCUUCUGUUGGACACAUAAGUAAAGGAAGUAAACUGUAUUGAAAAUAUAUUGGCUACCAGCUUCGUGGUAAUUAUUUUCCUUUACAUCUCAUAUUUGCAAAACUAACCUCGGUUUGGUUUAACGUUACGUUGGUUUGAUUAUCGGUUGUUUCUUAUAAAGUUUGAGACCUAGCGGGAGCAAAGCCUUAUUGCAGUUCUGACUUAGCCAAAAUAUUUGAAAAAACCAUGAAUCUCCUGGAGAACUCAAGUUUUGAGGCCGUAAAUAGUCACCUUACAAUUGAGACGGGCGACUGCAAGAUUAUUGGACGAAUUGAGAGCUAUUCCUGUAAGAUGGCAGGCGAUGACAAGCAGAUGUUUAAGCUGUUUUGUCAGGAGGGACAGCCGCACGUCCUGGAAGCCUUAUCUCCUCCGCAGAGCUCUGGAAUCAGUCCAAACAUAAUGAGUCGGAGUUUGGAUGAGGGUGAAGGUCCGCUGUCAGACAAGUGCAGCAGAAAGACCCUUUUCUACCUGAUCGCAACUCUCAAUGAGUCUUUCCGGCCGGACUAUGACUUCAGUCGCACCAAAGGACAUGAUUUCAGCAAAGAGCCCAGUGUUAACUGGGUGGUUAACGCCGUAAACAGCAGUUUGUCUCCUGCUGCCGGUGAGGCCUAUAGUCAUCUACAGCCUCAGUUAUGGGAAGCUGUAGACAAGGAGAUCAGCCUUGCUGAAUGUGACAUAUACAGUUACAAUCCAGACCUGGAUUCGGACCCUUAUGGGGAAGAAGGCAACAUGUGGUCCUUCAAUUACUUCUUUUAUAACAAAAGACUGAAGAGGAUUGUGUUUUUUACAUGUCGUUCUGUCAGUCUUUUCAUGGCUCCACGAGAUUCUGGUAUCGGCACUGAACUGGAUCUGGAGCUGGAUGAGGAUGAGGGCAGCUAUGAGGACGAGGAGAGGUAUGGUGCACUGUGUGCCUGAUAAUGGGAUCUAUCAUUCCUGUCCCCCGAAGCCAGCAACUUCUUGCCUGAGUUUUUAAUCCCUAUUAUUUUCAUCUGCUGUGUUUAUUUUUAUAUUGUUGUUUUUUUGUUAGAAAUGAGAGAUUUGUAAGUUCUACUCAUUGCACUUUAACUAUUACUAUUCAUCACAUGGCUAUUUUGUGUGUACUUCACAUAAAGAUUCAUUAGGGCUUUCCAGUGAUAUUUUCUGCGCUGGCCUUCGAGGAAAUAAAACUGAUGUGAUAUUUUUAAAAUCUCUUCUUUUUUUAAAUGCAGGUUGAAGUACACAGUCUAGGUUCUAUCUCUUUCCCUGUCUUUUUGUCAAGCUUCAUAAAAGGCACACAUAAAAGUAUUUCCACUAGGUGGCACCUUUCAACAUUUCAUUAUUCUGUCAUGUUCAGGUUACUUUUCACAGAUGUGUUCAGUAAAGAGGCAUUUCAAGCAUAAACGGGAAAGGAAAUUAAGAGAGAUACAUGUCAUAGUUCACAUUUAUACAUUUGAUUUAUUGAAUUUUCAUUCAUAUGUGAUAUCUGCUCACCUCACAGCCACACUAAUUACUCAGUUUAAACAGAGACAUUGUGCAGAUGACGUUUUACCUUUUCUUUACUUCAUUUCUAUUUUUAUGUUAAUGCAAAGUAUUGAAAGUCUUGAAACAAAACACGUUUAAGGCAUAAGCAGCAAAGGUUAACUGAGGGAAAGUGAGUUGGCCUUGCUACAAUCUGUUAUUGUAGAUUAGCUCCCUAUUUUUAGUUUUGUCCCAAAAUUAACAGAAAUGUAACAUGUAAGUUAUUCAAUUUUAUCUUUUUGGACAUGGCGCUGUUUUUUAAGUCUUGUCAGAGCUUUAUUGUUGUAACUGGAUUUUAUUUCCAUUGUCAUUGGUUUUAUCUGUGAUGUGUAUAAAGUGAAGUAAACAUUGUAACUCUGCUUUCUUUCACGAAGACCUGUUUGUGUCAUUUGAUCAUUGACUUAAAACACAUUUUGAUGCCUCUCUGUAACAAAGUUCUGUUGAAGAUAUUUGAUGUGAUUGAAUUAUCUAGAGAUUAGGUGUGACAUUCCAGAGGUACAUUUCGUUAUAAAAAUGUCUGAAAUCUCAUGUCACGCUAAAGAUCGCCAUAUGUGCAAGACUUGGUGAAAUUACUCUAAAUUCCUUGUCUGUUUUAGAUUUGACUGAGACGCAUCCAUGUUUGUCAUUUUGAGCACUUUAGUUGUAUUAGAGUUGUGCAAGUAUUGGUAUAAGAACAGGAUAUGAGCGGAGAGACAUAAAAAGAAAGAUGGUCUCUAGUAGAUUUCUACAUGGUUUCAUCACUAAAAGAUGCCAGUUGCGUGUUAAUUCUAUCAAUGCAUACACAUUUUCUUGGCAGCUUAAAUUCUUGGAUCAUUUACGGAGCCUUUUCAUUAUUUUUCAAAAUGCUGUUAAAUAAACAUCUACUGACUUAA